AUGUCCAUCUGUUUCCUUUAAUGGAGUUAUGUGCCUAAAACAAGUUGUUUCAUAAGUCCCCGUUUGUGACAUCCCAAACAGGGAAAUUAGAAUAAAACCACUCUGAGCCUCUCCUGGAUAUCGGAGCUUCUGCUUUUAGCAGCCUGAGUGGGGGGUGAGUGUGCGUGGACAGCUACAGAUUGUUUCUUUUUGAAGUGACAGAGCCCUGAAAUGGCAAAUUCUGGAAGGUACUGAAACUGUUGAGCACAAAAAAGCUGAGAUUUCUUUAUUUACGACUUGAUUUCUAUGCAAAGAACUUAAAGGUGCAGAAGCUGUUCAAGCAAGCUGCUUUUUUUUUUUAAAUACAAUAAAAUUUAAAGUUCCGACCCCUUUCUUAGACUCCUAUUGAGUCGCAGAACCCUGGCUUGCAACACUCAACCAAACAUAUUUGCUUUGUAUAGUUUGCUAGCAUAGCGAAUGAUGUCUUCAUGGUUAAGAACAAGGUCAUUUUUGGCUUUCUUGUUUUUUUCUUAUGUCCAAAACCUCAAGAGCUCAGUGCCACCGCCAAUCUGGGGAAACCCCACCAUCGACAGAUCUUUGAGAGCACAAACCAAACUUUGCCUUUUCUGCCUUCUCAAAUGGGCCAUUCCCAUCUGUACCGGGUCGGCCCGGGCCGGGUUGCGUAGGUUGUUUACAUAUCUGGGUGGCCUGGUAUUUUUCCGGGCCAACCAAGGCUCAUUCUCAGCCCUCUUCUCGAGGGGGUCUGCUUCAGGCCGACCAGGGCCAACACACCCACUGCUGACAGCAAAUUCACACCUUCCAUUAGAGCAAGCCUCUGAUUGGUGGGUAGAAUCAGCCCACAUGGGCUUAAGACAAGGAUGUGUGGAAUCAACCGGUCCAGGCUGGGGCCGACUGGGGCUACCCGGCCCGGGCCGACCCGGUACAGAUGGGAAUGGCCCAAAAGAGACACACAACCACGCUCGUUCUCUCACAACCGACAGAGCUGAGACUUAGCUGCAUUUCCAGACAAUAACUGUCACCUAAACGCUUCCCACCAAGAACAGAACUAAGAAACAAAUCCAUGAAGACAAGGUGCACUUGUUUUGUGAUCACAUUUGCGGUGGUCUCUGGUAUAAGUGUGAGUCAAUCUCUGGAGGGGGAAGCUCUGGCGCUCCUGUUUCAUAAAAUAGAAGUGAGCCAUGAGAGUUAGUCUCAUAAAGACUAAAAUUUUGUUCUUUUUCUAAUGUUUAAUGUUUACGGGUUCAAUUUGAACCCAAGCGGGUACGGUCUGGGAAAUACCUGUCAGUUUGGAGGGUUUAGCAGCUUUUUACCGUUGUGAUAGAAAUUCUAAUUUAUUCCUGUAAGAGUCGUCUGUUAAAAGGUUUUCUCACUAACUGUGAUUUUCCUUUGAGGAAACGUGUGACGUGUGUUGCUACCAGCCUGGGUCAAAGGUCAAAGGCCUUACUGCUGAAUGUCCAGGCGAGCCGGUGCUAUUGUGACUACCAUUUCUUUCUCUCUCUCACACACACACACACACACACACACACACACACACACUGUAUGUGGAGGAGGCCCAAGGAGAACAUUCCACAACAGAAAGAGCCGGGCGGCACGAACAUCCUGAGGAAACAACUCUCACUUCCUGUCAAAUUAAGCCAAGCUGAUGGCUGCGUGUGGUGAUAACUGCCGCUGCUGACUGGUUGAGGUAGAGCACCACCUUAGUGUCCACUCCCACACACACACACAGCACCCAUCAGGCAGCUUCAGUCACUACUUUGUUACCCUGCAGGGCAGCAGACCCUGGGAGCCCCUCAGACAGGAUGGACCUCCUGCUCCUGCUCACCUCGGCGCUCCUCUGCAGCUGCGGACCCGUGAACACAGAAUCAGUUUUCCAGAUAGCCUCUGUGACGCUGUCCAUCGAGCCGAGGGCUGCUGUGCGUCGAAACACCAACGUGACUUUGAGAUGUCAGGCCAGCGUCAUCUCCUUAGCACAGCUGAACCGUGAGUACACGCUAUACAAGGACAACAGUGUCAUCUACAACAAGAACACCAGCUCCAAGGAGGAUUUCCUGUACCACCUACCUGAGGCCAGAGUGUCCAACAAUGGCAGGUACAAGUGCAUGGUACGGAUCAUGGGCCAAGAGAUGACCAGCAAGUCUGAAAAGCUCACUGUGACAGGAAUGUCGCCACCCAUCCUCCACGCCGACAAGAGUAGGACCACUGAGGGAGAGGGUGUAACAGUCAGAUGCUUGGCACCGGGUGAAACCGGUUCCUUCUUUUUCUACUUUUAUGACAACUCCAGUGAGAUCCACGAUGAGCAUCGGAACACCAACCAGGCAGAGAUAAAGCUUCCCCUCUCAGACAUCGGCGCACACAUGAUUCACUGCAUCUAUAAAGUCUUCAUCAUGUCUGAGUCAGUCACGUCCGACGAAAGCAACACAGUCAUUGUUACAGUCGAAGAACUUUCCAUUAAGCCAUUUCUGGAGAUCUCACCUGUGAACAACAUCUAUGAGGGAGAUAAUCUGACCAUCAAGUGUUCAAUUCUGGGGUUUAAUCAAAGCCACAAAGGAAUGAAUCUCCUCUUGAACCAAGGAACCAAUCUGCUCAGUGUUGGAAACGCUACAGCUGCCAUAGAAUACAACAUGAUGGUGGAAGCAACUGCCCCCACACUUUCUUUUGAUUGCAGGUUGACGGUAAAAAAUCUAAUAAAAGUUGACACAAAGACAAUCCGUGUGACAGAGCUGUUUUCAGUGCCCCAACUCAUCAUGUCUCCUCCUGAAGUAUUUCAAAUGAAACCAAUGACGCUGAUCUGCAAAAGUCAACAUGUAGCCUUGGAGAGAGUCAACAAAGAAGACCUGACUUAUUCUCUUGAUCCGGCUGAACAUUUUCUGACUCCGAAUGGGGCUGGAAUAUUUUCUGGCAGAGCCUUGAAGAAUGAAUUCAAUUAUACAUGUAUAGCUGAAGCUAAGGGCAUUAGGAAACGCAGCGGAACCCUGACCAUCAAUCCCAAAGUCCCUGUCUCAGUUCCAAGUAUCCGGGUUGCUGACUGGCCGAUCUUGGGAGAGUCCUUCCGAAUCUUCUGCCAGUCAUCAAAAGGCAGUGGGCCCAUCACCUACAGCUUUUGGAAGGGCAAAACACAAAUGGGAACUCCGAUCAUCAAAUCGUUUGGACAACCAGCUUACAUUUCAGUUGUCAUUAACGACGUUAAAGAAAUAAACCUCUUCACCUGUAAGGCGAAUAACGGUGGCGAGGAAGAGCAGCAGAGUGCUGCUCUUGAUACUGCUGUCAUUGAGCCCAUCACCAAUCCGAUCCUCACAGUCAUCCCUGACCCAGUGGAGGGAAACGAUCUCUACCUCAUAUGUUCUGUACAAGGCACGCCGCCCGUCACCUUUCGGUGGUUUCGUCAUGAUAAAGAAACACCUCUGAAAGUGACAACAUCCCUCAGUAACAACUCAAACUAUCAGAUUACUGGGUUGUCCAAGGAGUACAGCGGCAUGUACUACUGCGAGGCUGAUAACCGUGCCAACUUCAAAGUCCAAAGUGACCUGGUCGACGUAGAAGUCCGCAUGGCGUUGUGGAAGAAGGCUCUGAUCGGAGGGGUCCUUCUGCUGGUGGCGUCGCUCCUCAUCAUGGUCAGCUGUGUGCUCUACUACAAACACAGGAGAGGUAAAAGAGAAACAGCUGCUGAGUUGUCAGUAAAGCCUGCGAGCCCUAAAUCAGAUGAGUCUUUAACAGUGAAUCUAACCCACGACACAGAGGUUUAUAAUGCAGCCACAGACGCAGUGUCUUUCUAUGAUGACAAGGAGGGGAGAGUGACCAAUGGGACGCGAGGUAGCGUGGCGUCGCUACCUGCUGACAUCAGCAACAGGAGCAGCUACAGUAUUCCAGCAACAGUUUAGAGGCACGCAGUGGGAGGGGCAGGAAAUUUGUGAGGAAAUGCAAACUCUGAGAGACUUUUGAAGACACACAAGAGACAGAAAUCCCGUUUAUGAAACGCCGGAACAUUUGGACACUUUUUUUGACCAUUUUCCCAGUAAAAGGAGGGGUGCUUAAAGCUUUUAUUGUUGGACACACUGCUCCCUCUCCCCUCCUCCUACUGAUCUUAGCCUAACUUUAAUGUCUUAACUGCAUGUUUUGCUGUUUUCUAAAAUGCAUGUUUUAAAUUUUGCCGGGCGACACUGAUUUGUAUAUACUGACAGGAAAUGUGUGUAUAUAGUUGUGGUUUAUCCCUGAACUGAUUCUGCAGGAGCAUCUUGUGGAAUAAAGAUUAUGGUUUUAUUUAGAGGUGUGUCCAAACAAUUCAUUGUUGUUUCAAACUGAA